AUGAAAUUUUUUUAUAAUAAAUCAAUUUCUUUUAUAAUAGUAGUAACAUUAGCAAUUUUAUUUUUACAAUUAUCAUUUGCCAGCGAGUUAAAUAGUAAUAAUAAUAAUAACAACAACAACAACAACAAUAAUGAAGUUAAUAAUAAAAUAAAUAACCAAGAGUUGUUUUUGGUAUCAUCCAAGCUUGGACCUACAGAUAAUAAACAGCAUAAAGUUGGAGUAAACCCAACUGUCCCACCAGGAGGUGUCACAGGCGGUAGUAGCAGUCAUACCAAUACUACAGAAAGUAGCAGCGGAGAUGAUGGUGGUCAAGGAGCAUUGUCAAACCAACAGGAUGCCAAUACUAUUAUAUUUAUUGUAUUGUUCAUUUUGACUGGUGCUGUAUUAAUUGUUUAUGUUGUAAUUAAAAUGGAUAUUCCAUUUAUUCCAGAAUCUGUUGCCAUUGUCACAUAUGGUAUUUUAUUAGGUGUUAUCUUUAGAUUCUCAUAUAGUCAUAUCGUUAAACAGGUAGUAAAUUUCAACCCUGAAAGCUUUUUCUUAUUCAUCUUACCAACAAUUAUUUUCGAAACUGGUUUCUCUUUACCAAAGACUGACUUUUUCCAAAAUAUUGUUCCAAUUUUAUCAUUUGCUAUUUUUGGUACAAUUAUUACAUUUUUAUCGGUAGGUUUUGGUAUUUAUACAGUUGGAAAAUCAGGUGUUUCAGUUAUAUUAUCAUUAAAAGAUUCAUUAGCAUUUGGCGCCAUUAUUAGUUCCACUGAUCCAGUUUGCACAUUGGCAAUUUUCCAAGCUCUUAAUGUAGAUCCAUUAUUAUACAUGUUGGUUUUAGGUGAAAGUAUUCUAAAUGAUGCCGCUUCAAUCUUUUUAUAUAGAGUCGUUGAGCAAACCAGCACCCAUGAUAUUAUUAUAUCCUGUGCUAUGUUUUUAGUAGUUGGUUUGGGUAGUGUUGUUUUAGGUGUUGUUAUGGCAGUUUUAUUAUCAUUAAUAUUAAAAUGGGUUAAUAUUGGUAAAUUCCCAGCUUUAGAAACUAUCUUUAUGGUUAUGUUUUCAUAUAUGUCAUAUGUUUUAGCAAAUGCAUUGGAUAUUUCAGGUGUUUUGGCAGUAUUCUUUUUCGGUAUUACUUUUAAUCAAUAUGGUGCAUAUAGUUUAUCACCAUAUACAAAGUUAACCUCAAGACAAUUGUUUAGAACCGCAGCAUUUAUUUGUGAAACUGCAGUUUUCAUUUAUAUGGGAAUGUCAUUAAGUUUCCACGAAUUUACUUUUGAUAUUGGAUUAUUUAGCUGGAGUUUAUUCUUUACAGUAGUUUCAAGAGCAUUAGCAAUCUUCCCAAUGUGUCUCAUUUUAAAUAGAUUCAUCAAGAAUAAGAUUCCUUGGACUAUUCAAAUUGCAAUUUGGUUUGCAGGUUUAAGAGGUGCAUUCGCAUUUGCAUUAUCAAUUGAUUAUGUAUCUCCACAAACACAAUUAAUUCGUACCAACACAUUAUUAGUAGUAAUAUUUACAAUCUUUGUAUUUGGUAUUGGAACUUAUCCAUUAUUAAAAGUAUUGGGUAUUAAAACAUCAUCAAGUGAUCAGUCAUUAGAUAAUAUUUCAAAACCAUUAAACAAAGUAACCAAAAAUAAAGAAAGAUCUCAAAUAUAUCAAUCAAUCGAUGAUAAAUACUUUAAAGUUUGGUUUAGAAAGAAAAUGCCACCAUUAGCAACUGAAGCCAUCGAGAUUUUCGAGAAAUUGGUAGCAUCCUCCCACGAUUUAGAAUUAGAGUCUGUUGAAGAUUCUAAAAUUUAUUCAAAUGUUUCAUCCCAUAGAAAUGCUAAACAACAAAAUUUAUUCGACGAUGAAGCAAGCUUAGAUGAUGAUCAUGAUGAAAAACCAUUAAUCUAA